AUGCUUCACAAAAUUUUCCUCACAUUUAUAGUACCUGAAAUAGAGUAAGAAUAUAGGUUAAAUUACAAACCAUAUAUGAUAAACGAAUAUAAAACAUUGACCACAUUAAUAUUGGUAUAUUUUAUGAUUAUUCUUAGUUUGUUGGAACAUUUAUAGUUAUAUCCUUCAUAAGUGAAUAAAAGUAUUAUUAUGCUCUUUAUGGUCUUAUUUGUGGUAUUCCAGUUAUUUUAUCUCGACAUUUGGUAUGUAAAUAUCCUUAAUUUUCCAAUUUCGUGUACCCUUUUUUACAAAUUACAGUCACGAUAAUAUACAAUAUUUUCUCAUUAGCCUACAACGAUGAUGAUGUACCAUAAAUGUAUAUCAAGUAUGAAUGGUAUUAUGGAUUUUUUGCAGCUAUUAGCCAUUUAUGUAUAACAUAUAGAUAUAAAUAGGCAUAUAUUCAUAAGGAACAAUAUUAUGUUUUUAAACUAUAACAAUGAUUGCCAUUUUAGUUUGGCAUAUAGCUAGAUUUGAUUUUUCAAAUCCAAAUGGAGCAUAUAUUACUUUUUAAAUAGUGAUUGUAUUUGUGGUUGUGUUUUUUUGUAGAAGGGAAUAAGAAAGAAAUAAGAGAUUAAGUUUUUUAAAAUAUAGAGAAAACAUGAAAUGGUUCUAAAUAAUGGAUAAGAUUGUUAAAAAGUGGACUAUGUUUGUUCAAUUUGAUAAAUCUUAAGAUUAAUUAUAUUUAGUUCAGUAAUCCAAAGCAUCAUAAUCUGAAUUUAUGAUAUAAAAUGAUUAAGAAUUUCGUUCCUUUUUAAGAAAUGUAAGAAAUCAUAUUCAAAUAGACUUAAAUUGAGCAAACAGGCUCUUUAAAAACCUAAUCUGGUUAAACAACUUUAGAAGAAAUUCUUCGAUAACUCUUAAGCACUUAGCUUUGCCAAUUAGAUACAAUAAAUAAUCUAAAAGAUUCUUUAUAUUAUAGAUAUGUAGGAUAUCAAUAAAAGACAGGAAGAUAUUUAAAAGUAAAAUUAGUGGAAUAUUAUUUGUCUGAUUCAAAAAUGAUUAUUAUGAUUUUGUAGAAUGAUAAAUAAAAAUCUAAUGAAGAAUGGCAGAAGUAUGUUGCAGUGGAGAACUAUUUUCGAUUUUUAACAAAUAAAUCAAUUAAAUUGAUUGAAAAACUAACUUAAGUAAUAUCUUUUAAAUAUUUGAAUCUUCAUAAUCUAAUAGAUGAUUAUAAUUAUUUUAAUGCAGCUUUUAUUUGGUUGAAUUCUAGCAGAUAUGUAUAGCAUAAAAGUCAGGUCAGCAUAAUUUAAGUUUAGGAUCAGCUUAAGAAUAUAUUCAAGAAAACAAUUUAAAUACAGUAUAAGGGAUAAACAACUUAGUUUUAAUCAUCUUUAUAAGUUAUUAUGUUUAUAUGUGUAAAUCUUAUUAAAUACUUAUAAUCCUAAACAAAAUAAAUUGUUACAAUAAAAAUAUCAGAAUAAAAUCAACAACAAGUUAGAUCCUUUGAAUUUUAAUUCGAAACUUAAGAUUUUAAGAUAAGUUCAAAUUUAAUACAUCUUUUAUAGGAAAAUAAAUAUUAUGAUAAGCGGAAUAUUCAAUUCGAUGAUUAGAAUUUUAAACGAAUAAUGGAUUCAUAUAUUAAUUUUUUAGAAACUAUGGAAUCAAACAAAUAAACAUGUUUGGUGAUGGCUAUUAUAAAAUUUCUUUUAUCACAUUUUGGUUUAACCAAUAGAAUUGAAUAUUAGAAAAACUAAAUUAAAAUAAGUUUGAUUGAUUUAGAUUCAUUAAUUAGUUGA